GUUUUUUUUCCUAUUGCUGAUUGUUGCGUUCACCGCUGAACGCGUGUUCGCCUCAGCGAAGAACGGCGCUUGCGUUGCGCAGUGAGGGCCAUCGUAGCUUAUCGAUUGGUUUGUAACCACAGGCAAAAAGGAUCGUUGUGCUUACCCAUUUUUGGAGGACGCUUUGGCUGCUCACGAAGUACAUCUCUCUCUCUCUAAAUAUAUAUAAAUAUAUAAUCCCUAUUUGGUGAGUUCUUGUUGCCGCGGUGUUGCUGCUGCAGUUCUGAGUAUUCGUAUUAUCCCAACGUGCAGAGCACACUCCCGAAGGAAAAGAGGCGAAGACCCGCGAUGGAAACGGAGAAAACGGAAUCGCGUGCGUCUCCAGCUGCGGAGCUGGGCGGCAGCGACGCUGCUGCUGCUGCUGCUGCCUCGCCGCGACCGACGUACACGGCUUGCCCUAAAUGGUCGCACGAUGAGGACAACACCGUUACGGUGGUGCAGAGCACGCACGACUACACCCAACGUGUGUUUCGGACGAAACCCUCCUCUGCUCGUUGGGUGCGUGGCCUAGCGGAAGGCGAAGACGAGGUGCCUGCCGGUACAGGCUUUCGCCGGCGCACGAACAUGCAUAGGUGGGAGGAGCUGGACGAUACGCCCGACGGCGCCCUGCAGGACGGGUCGUCGCGGACGCCCACAAAGCAGCGUCCGUGGCUCUUUCACAUUAAUGUAAUAGGCGUGCUGUACCUCUUCCUUUUGGCCUUCCGCAUGGUGAAGGGGCUGCACAAGUCGUACCGUCUGGACUUUCCAUCGACGGAGCGCCAGCUGAUGACAUUUGGGCGCCGCUAUGGCGAAAACGGUAUCUCGUUCGUGAUGCGCGUGGCGGUCCCUCUGUGCCUACCGCACUGCGUCGGCGCGGCCUACGCGAUGGGACUCUCGUACAGGCUAGGCGGAGCCGCGCAUAACUUUGUGUGUCUAUGGGGAGUGGGGCUCGCGAUUAUCUCCCUAUUCGCCGCCUUCACGCAGUGCUCCGUCCUCUUCAGCUGCUGCAACAUCUCCGGUGUGAGUCACCGCUGGGAAUGCGACUUACCGUUUGUCUUCCACCAGGUGUGUAGUGUCUUUCGCUUUGUGACGCCGUUGCUGGCGCUGUGGUGCGUGGCGCCGGUGGUGGACAACGUGCGCGGGAGCGGCUGGCGAUGGAAGUGCGUGCUGGCCUUGCCGUGUCUCGUGGCUUCUACUUGUGUAGGCGUCAGCGUCUACGCGGGAGAGCCGUCGGAGACGCUGCUCGACGUGGCGCACGGCACGGUGCUGUUGGUGUGGCCCUUCUUCAUUAAGGCGUGCUGGAAGCAGCCGCGCUUUUAUCGCGUUCUCCCCCCUGCCGAGAAACCGCACGAGGAUUAG